ACGUGACGUCAUCAGGCGGCGCCGCUACAGCGCGGUGAUUCAACUGGAGAAAGGAUAAAGUGUCCAAACACAGAGAAAAACUCCUGCUGAAGCGACUGAUCUCCACACUGUUAUAAAGAUGGCGUUUAUUAAAGAGGAGAGUGAAGAUGUGAAGAUUAAAGAAACAUUCACAGUCAAACAGGAAGAUCUGCAGGAACAAACAGACCUGAUAGUGCUGAAGGAAGAGACUCAACAAUGCAAUAAAAUGGAAGAGCAACACCAAGAAAUAACAGCUGAUGAAAAACCCACACUGACUGAAAAGACUUCAUCACUCGGAAGACCUCGGAAAUCCAAAACUGAGUGUAAUUUUAGCUGUAAACAGCGUAGAAAGAGUUUCAUUCAAAAGCUUAACCUUGGUGUUCACAUGAGAGUUCACACUAGGGAGAAACCUUACACUUGCGAACAGUGUGGAAAGAGUUUUGGUAAAAAGAGAAGCUUAAAGACCCACAUGAGAAUUCACACUGGAGAGAGGCCGUACACAUGCCAACAGUGUGGAAAGAGUUUUAAGCAAAUUGGCACCCUUAAAGGCCACAUGAGAAUUCACACUGGAGAGAGGCCGUACACAUGCCAACAAUGUGGAAAGAGUUUUAAGCAAAGUGCCACCCUUAAAGGCCACAUGAGAAGUCACACUGGAGAGAGGCCGUACACAUGCCAACAGUGUGGACAAAGCUUCUAUUAUGCAGGAAACUUUGCAGCGCACAAGAGAAUUCACACUGGAGAAAAGCCCUACACAUGCCAACAGUGUGGAAAGAGUUUUAAGCAAAGUGGCACCCUUAAAGGCCACAUGAGAACUCACAAUGGAGGAAAAACACAGUGUGGGAAAAGUUUUGCUCAAAAACAAAAGCUUGACACCCACAUGACGAUCCACACUGAAGAGAAACCUUACACAUGCACAGAGUGUGGUAAAAGUUUCACAUGUAAAAGCUCACUCAUUAACCACAUGAAAACUCACACCAGAGAGAAGCUGUUUGCAUGUAAUCAGUGUGAAAAGAGCUUCACAUGUAAAGCUAACCUCAUGAACCACAUGGAUGGUCACUCUGGAAUCAUAGUGUUCAUAUGUGAUCAGUGUGGAAAGAGUCUCACACGCAAAGACUACAUUAAGCAACACAUGAAGACUCACUCAAGAGAGGAUCGUUUUAGAUGCAGUGAGUGUGGAAAGAGCUUUAAACAAAAAAUAAACCUCAGCGCUCACAUGAAGCUUCACAAUGCAGAGCAGAGUCCUCAACAUUGAGACCUUGUCCACACAAACACGAGUAUAUUGAAAACGGCAGCUUUUUCAUGUAGUUUGGCUGUUCAUUGACAUGAAGUUUAUUUAUAAACUACUUUCGAGAGGAUCACAUGCUUAUUAUUGUUCACGACUGGUCCAGCAUUAGCUAACACGAUUCACCAAUCAGAUGAUUCCUGACGCCCUAUAAAGGACAAGAGAUUCUUACCUCUGUUAUCUUUGUCGUUAUCUUUUAGACUCCCUAAAGCCCUGUUCAGACUACACAAUGCCAUUUGUCAGUUACGACAGAUGAGAUUUGUUUCAGAUUAUGAGAUUUUGACUUGAUCAAAUCUUGAUGUGUUGUGGUUAACAAAUGAAGACUUUGGUUUCAAAACACUACACAUUUAUUUUGAUGGACUAAUCUCAGAAAAGAAACAAGUUUUCUUCAUGAAGACAAUUAAACUUUCUAUAGACAACUGCUCGCCUUUAAAUAUACGUUCAUGUGAAAACUCCACCAUUACUACAAAUAAAUCGUUGUAUGAGAAA